AUGUCGUCCAAGAAAGCGCCCCGGCGCAAGAAACACAGAAACUCCAAGUUGGGCUGUGCCACAUGCAAGCGGCGGCGCAUCAAGUGCAUGGAAAACCUCCCAGCAUGCACCAACUGCGUCAAGCACCGCGUGCGCUGCGAGUAUUUGGACUACACCGAGCACCAGUUGGCGGUGUUCCGGGCGGCCAAGCGGGCGCACGAGGAGCAGGCGCCGCAGUCGGAUCUGCUGGGCAGCGCCAGCCCGCGGUCCACGUCGCCGGGCAAGCCCGACAGGGGCGGCAGGAGCGACAGAAACAACCUCGACAACAACCUCGAUAACUUCGACGCCGACAGGAACGACAGGAACGAUAAGUUUGACAGGAACAUCGACAGGAACAACUUCGACAGGAUCAAGCUCGAGCCGGGCAUCGACAAGUUCGACGACAAGGCCGGUUUCGAUGUCGGCUUCGCCAACGGCGGCGCCAACGGCUUUGCCGACUUCGUGCCCACGCAGUACGCCACGCAGAACUUCGACAACUUGCUCGCCAACAACGACUCGGAGAUCAUCUACCCCGUCUACGUGCUCCCCGAAACGCCGCGCGCAGGCGCGCGGCCGCGCACCAGCACCGGCGCGGGCCGCCCUCUUCUGUGCGCGCGCGCCGGGGCGUUUUUGUUUUGCGCGCGCGCGCCGCCGCCCGACGGCGAGCCCGGCUUCUACGCGGUGCUUGCGUCCUUGGGCCCGCUCGUGCACCGCGGCGCCGCGUCCUUGGCCCAGAUCCGCCACUUGUACCACAUGUGGAUCGGCUUCUUCAUUCUGCGCGCCUGCAAGCACCGCGUCAUGUUUCUGUGCCUCGUCAACCUCACCACCAACUACCUUGUGACCAAUGUGUUCCGCAACGGCGCGGGCGGCGUGUCGCGGGCGCAACGGCAUCUUCUCGCAGUGCGCCUGAUCCAGCACUACGCCACGGUCAUCCGCAGCCUCCGCCUGCUUCUCAACGAAAACAGCGACCCGGAGAUGGCCGCGUCGCUUCUGUACAUCUUGCUGCUCAUGGCCAUCUACGACCCGGAGGCCACGGCCGACUCGGCGCGCUGUUUCCGCGACGGCAUGUUUUCUGUACUCAGCCAUGCGCUCCACUCGUGCGAGCAGAAGGGCGUGCCGCCGCCGCUGUUGGUGCCGGUGCACCUCAAUCUCAUGAAGAACGUUUCGGCCACGGUGCGCUUCCCGCCGUACCGCGCGCAUUUUUUGCACGAGUACGAGCUGAUGCUUGCGAGCUUGGGCAAUGUGCUUGCGCAGGUUGCGCCCGAGGACAUUUGCGACCCGCAAACGGCCGCCUACGUGCAAAAAGUGUAUGGCGACUUGAGGCUGUUUGCCCACGACGCCAUCCACACGCAUGUGCCUGCGGCCAACUCGCGGUUGCAUGACAUGCGCUUCCAGCACGAGGUGCUUUUCGCCAUGGUGCACCGGUGGAACGUGGUGCAGCCGGCGCGCAUGCUUGUGGUGCGCCGCGCGUCCGACCUGCUCGAGAAAAUCGUCACGCUCUUCUCGCGCCUGCUCUGCAAAGCCGUGUAUGCGGCGGCGCCGCAGAUGCGGUUUUUCCUCUUGCGCGACUUGGACACGCCGUUGUUGCUCGAUGUCAUCACCUCCAACAUUGAAGAGCUGCUUUUCGCCGACUUAGAUGCGCCGCAGGCGCUCUGCAUCCUGCGCGCGCGCUACAAUGCAAUCUUGCCCGAGCUCAAGCGCUUGGCAGGCUAUGCCGUGCGUCUCACCACCUUCUUGUCGGCGCGUCUCUCGCUCUUGUAUCGCGGCUUGGUGGUGGACGACAGCGUGCGGCUGCAGGCGCCCAUCGACAAUGUUCUUGAGUGGCGUGGCCGCGUCGAUAUCGAAUCGACCCGCAACGAUCUCUGUGCGCGCAUGCGUCUCCACGAGGUGCAGAUUGAUGCGUUUGCCUCCACCUACAUUGCGCCGCAGCACUACCCACACUUUGGUGCGCCGGCACCACAUAGUGCGCCGCAUCCACAGCCUGUUGACUUCAUGACGCUCCAGCCUUGCGGCUUGCUUGCCCAUGACGCACGGCCAGAACUCUAG